AUGUCCCAUCGGGUUACAGAACGCCCAGUUUGGGACUUGGAUCGCCACGCCUGGAAAGACCUGCCCGUGGGGACGAAAGUUUUCCUCUGCAGCUACAUCCAAGACGAAGCAUCGGAAAAUUUGGAGUCCCAUGUCAAACGGAUAGCAAAAGCCGGGUGGGACAGAGUGCAAUAUCCGUGCUUUGGUAUGCUAUCGUUUGUUGAUUUUGAUCUAUCCAGAUCUCCAGUUUAUGAGGAAAUCAUAAGCCACCUCAAAAUGUCCUCGAUCAUGCUAGACCUGGGCUGUGGUUUUGGCCAGGAUAUUCGUCGUCUGGUGUACGAUGGCGCCCCAGCAGAGAACAUUUUCGGCUUAGACAAAGAGGAGGAAUUCAUAGAACUCGGGUUUGAUCUUUUUCGGGAUAGGGCCACCUUGAAGUCCACAUUUCUGGUUGAUGAUUUCUUGAAACCUAGUGCAAAGCUUGUCCAGUUAGCCGGCCACAUACAUAUCAUAAACUCUGGCUACUUCCUGCAUUUAUGGGAUUGGAAUGGACAGGUGGACAGGUUAGAGUUGCGAAAUGCAUGA